AUGGGGAGAGCCAAAUUAAGAGAAAGCGAAAGUGCUUCCGACGAAUGCCGCCUCUUCAUCGAAAACCUUGAAGGAGCAGCACUCGAAUGGUUCUCUCGCCUGAAGCGAAAUUCCAUCGGAACCUUUCGCCAAAUCGCCUCGGAGUUACUCAAGCAGAAGUGGAUAACGUUGGAUAAGCCGCGUACGAUUCAGGACGCACUCCAUAAGGGCACAGACUACAUAAUCAUCGAAGAAGAGAUGAAAGUCUUGUCGCAAAAACAGAGGCUGACGAAAACAUCGUCGGAGGAUCCCGGGUCGGAUCAGAAACCAAAAUGGAGAAACCCUCGUAACAACAAAAACGUCUAUCAUGGGGACGAGGAGGAGACCCAGGGAGCGCAUAACUACGCCAUCAGCUCCGGACCGGAGCAAGGCCGGACGACGGGUAAUACAUGGACCCGAAAUCUAAAUUACGACGAAAAUGCCUUCUGCGACUUUCACCAUGCCCAUGGCCACUCAAACGUAAACUGCAAGGUUCUCGGUGCCAGGUUGGCCACAAAGCUGCUCGCGGGAGAACUCGCCGAAGUAUCUAGCGUAAAAUACCUCGGUCGCGAUUCAGACCGCCCUCCGAGAAACGAUAAGGCCCCUCAAACGGAGAACUCUCUCCAAGGGAACCAAUCGGGAGAAAAGAGCGGGAUAAGACAGGACGAGAAGGGCAACGACAAUAGUCGCCGCAGGGUCAACAUGAUCAUCAGAGGAUUGCAGUACUGCAGCGAUACCAUCUCCGCCAUCAAAGCUUAUGAGCGCAAGGCUGAGACGAGCGCAAAUUCGCUAACCUGGUCCGUGCCUGGCGACUUCCCGAAAGAAGCAAUCACUUUCGAUGAAGAAGAGGCCGGCGAUGUAGAAACCUGCGGGAUCGAUCAGCCCCACUGUGAUCCGCUCGUGACCGACCUCGUGAUAAGGGAUCUCGAGGUCGCGAGAGUUCCCAUCGACACGGGUAGCACAGUCAAUGUCAUCUUCCGUGAUACCCUUAAAAGGAUGAACAUCGAGCUAGGAGAAGUCGUACCGUCCCCCAAGCCGCUAACCAGUUUCGAGGGCACAACAUCUAUGACUCUCGGAUCGAUCAAACUGCCUGUCACGGCCAAAGAAGUGACAAAGAUUGUCGAUUUCGCAGUCGUCGACCACCCGGCCAUCUACAACGUCAUCAUGGGCACGCCUUGGCUAAAGCAAUGA